CCUGAAGAAGUCCGAAACGCCGCCUUCUCCACUGCUUGAUGCUGCCUGGCUUGUUGUGUUCUUCCAGCCUCCUGCCUGGCUACUUAUCAAGAGGUGAAGCAAGUUUGAAUGACUGAAUGGUCCAGUCCUACUCCUUGUUUAUAUGUUUGAGUCGAUAUGGUUAACAGGAUGAUUCUCAAAAAAACCAGCCUGGAAUCUUGGAACCAAUUGGGAAUUUUAUCAAAUGGUUUUGUUUAUCUUGGACAGCUACCUAGUUAAUAUUUAACUGGGAAGAGAAAACAGAACAGCAUUUUAUAAGCGAUGAACCUGGACUAAUCAAAUCAAAGUGCACUAUUUCAGAAGAGCAUUGGGUUGAAAAGUGUUAAGCAUGAAGCAGAUCUUCUCCCUGCUCUGGAUGGGAGCAUUCCUACAAUGGGGGACAACAAACCGGCCCUACAUUCAUCCUUUCCAUCUAUUUACCUGCAAUCAAACUGGGGUCCAGGAGAAAAUGGACCAAAACAAUAGCUUCCUUCUUGACCUGAGUGGGGUCGAUGUCACGAGUCCUGUGAAUGGGUCUGAACAGAGGUGGGAGAAUAAGGUACAAUGGAAUGUCAGCCGCAGCAAGAUUCUCUCCUUAAUGACUAUCCAGAAAGAUCUGGGCAACCUCUGGUUUCCCAGGCUGAGCCCACUGGAAGGGUCAGGGGUAGUGCUGAUGGCCCCCUUCCAUCUGUACGGGAGUCUGGCCGCUCUGUCUUUGGGGACUGGGGGGAUCACUGCUGAAAACUUCCGUGACCACCUGGGACUUGUGGACCACGGAUGCAUUGGUGAUCGGCAUUCCUGGGUCAUGCGUUGGCAAGGCAGGCUGCUCGAACACGACAUCUUAUCUCAACAAGGAGGCUUGCUGGACACUGGCACCUGGUUAGUUGUCAGGAAGGAUCUGCAACUCCGCCAAGCCUUCCUGUGGGAACUCCAGUGGUUCCACCCCAGCGUGCAUCUGAAAACAGCCAACACUAGCCAGCCCCACAUGGCUGAAGAGAUGAUCAACAGCCUCAUCCGCAACGCAACUGCUGGAAGGGUCAGCAGCCUGGUGAAUGGCCUGAGUCCGAGCACAAAUCUGGUGUGGGCCAGUUACAUUCACUUUAAAGGAAAGUGGAAGACUAGAUCGCAAUGUCAUGGAUCAGAAUUUCAAGAUUUCUUCGAUGUUGGAGAGGAUAAAGUCCAAGUCUCUAUGACAACUUGGUGUGGCAAGUUGGAGUAUAAGAUUGAUCCUACAUACACAAUGAUUAAGCUCCCAGUGACUGGAACAGCAGACAUCAUGCUUGUCCAGCCAGCCCAACCAGACACGUUGGAGAGUAUUGAAUCCUCCCUAGAAGUUAACAGGAUUGCACUUCAGUCUGGGAUUGUAAGGCUUGUCUUGCCACGGUUCAAAUGGAACAGUACAUAUGAUGUGAAGGAACUUUACCACAGGAUGCAACUGCCAAAUAUGUUGAGCGGUCAAGCUAAUUUCUCCAGAUUAAAUAAUGUCCAAAACCUAACACCAGACCAGAUAAUACAACAUGUUAUUUUUGAAGUGAUGGAAGAUGGAGAGAAGCCAACCCCUCCAGGACAUAUUCCAUUCAGUAAUACAACCAUCACAAUGGAGAUUCGGAUAGAUAAACCUUUCUUUUUCCAGGUCUAUAGUAGAACAUUGAAUAAUCUGUUGUUUCUUGGCAGAGUAAAGAAACUUCACUGAAAUCCAGAAUUUAAAAUAUUUUUAUGUAUGCUUACCAGUGACUUACCAGUUUUAAUUAAACUUUUCUAGGAAGGGCAGGAUUAGGAGAAAAUGGGAAUGGAGUAGACAUUCCUGUAGAAAGGAUAGAAGCAACAGCAGUGCAAAAUUGAGGAGCUAAGUGGCCUCCUUUUAGGAGUAUUUUUUACUAAUGUCAUUUUGAAUCAGAACAGAACAUAGCAAUCUAUAAAUAAUUGCCCCAUUUAGAAAAUAAUCAUGUCACAAAGAUAUUCUCAAAAUUGUAUACAUUGAUAAUGUCUUAAAAAUCUUAUCAGCAUGACUUCCUUGGAACCUUUACUAUUCUAACUGGAAUCGUUCUCAUGCAUAACAAAAGUUUUGAUGAAAACUGGUCAGAUGCAAUUGCACCCUCCCUCCAGCUGGCUGAUCUAAGGGAGCCUCAAGGACCCCAACCUCAUCCUAAAUCCAGUGGGAAAACACUAUUUCUGAUGCAGGAAGUAGCCCUGGUUGUGAAGAGUUAUAAAUUGAAUUGAUCUUCUUUCUCUAUCCACUUGAGGGAUUGUAACCCAGGUCAUAUCUUUUGAUGGGGACAAAGUGGAAAGUGAAGCUGAUGUACCCCAAACUAAUCCAGAACAACAGGGAAGGUUUAUUACCACCAACUUAGAGUUCAGCCCUUCAGGAGGUGAUGUCAAGGAGCAGUUCUUCACACAAAGAUGACGAAAAUUUGUUGAAAUUGGGAGGUGGUGUUAUUAAAUGGAAAUUUUUACAAAACACCUGUGAUAGAUUUUUGUUACACGUGAUAGAGAGUCAAGGUGAGGAUGUGGAGUUGAAACACAGAUCAAUUUCAAUCUAAAUUAGUCUUGGAAUGUGCUCAAGCAGCUGAAUAUAGUCUGCUGUGAUCUUAUUUUUAAAAUUUGUCCAUGGGAUAUGGGUACUGCUGGCUGGAGCAGCCUUUAUUGAUGAGAAGGUGCUGCUGAGCUGCCUUCUUGAACUGCUGCAGUCUGUUGGAUAUGGGGGAGGGAGUUCCAGGAUUUUGACCUUGCGAUAAGGAAGGAAUGGUGUGAUAGUCAAGAUGCCACAUGGUUGGAAAGGAACUUGUGGUGUUCUCAUGCAUCUGACACCCUUGUCCUUCUAGGUGUAGAAGUCCUGGGUUUGGAAUGUGUUGUCAAAAGAGCCUUGCAGGUGUACUGCAGUGUAGUUUAUAGAUAGUACAAAUCACUGCCACUGUGCAUUAGUGAUGAAGAGAGUGAAUGUUGAAGGUGGUGGAUGUGGUGCCAAUCAAAUGGGCUGCUUUGUUUUGGAUGGUUGUGGAGUCAUACAGCACGGAAACAGACCCUUUGGUCCAACCAGUCCAUGCUAAACAAAAUCCCAAACUAAAGUAGCAUUUUAAUCCAUUUUUGUACCAAGGCUGUAACGAAGGCAGGCUCUGCAUGUCCUUGCUGAAACCCAACUGAGAAUCAGUGAGCAGGUUAUUACUGAGCAAUUGUCGCUCAAAAGUGCUGAUGAUAGCACUUUUCAUCUUCUUGCUUAUGAUCAAGAGUAGACAGCUAGGGUAUUAAUUGAUUGGUCCUGGUCCUGGUUCAUAUCCCUCCAAAUCUUUCCUAUUCAUAUACUUACCCAACUGUACUUUGAAUGUUAUAUUUGUACCCACAUUCACCACUUCCUCAGGAAGCUCAUUCCAUACACGAACCACCCUCUGUAUAAAAAACUUUGCCCCUCGUCUUUUUUAAAUCUCCCUCUUCUCACUUUAAAAAUGUAUCCCCUAGUCUUGAAUACCCCCAUCCUAGGGCAAAGACAGCUACAAUUAACCAUCUAACCCCUUCAUUAUUUUAUAAACUUCUAAGCUUCUUGACUGUUGUUAGGGCUACACCAGGUCUGUCAAAUGGAAAGUAUCCCAUCACACUCCUUACUAGGGCCUAGUCAAUGAUAGCUAGACUUUGUAGGGUCAGGCCUUUGACGUGCACUUAUAUACGCAAUAUUUAUAUUGCUAUUGCAGUUCAGUUUCUGGUCGAUGGUACUCCAAGAAUGUCAAUAGUGGGGAAUUCAGUGAUGCGGAUGUUAUUGAAUGUCAAAGGUCACUGGUCAAAUUCUCUUUUGUUGGAAAUGAUCAUUGCCUGGCAUUUGAUUGGCAAAAAUGUUGCUUGCCACUUAUCACCCCAAGCCUGCAUAUUGUCUAGGUUUUCCUGAGUAUGAACACAAACUGCUUCAAUAUUUGAAGAGUUGCAAAUCGUGCUGAACAUUGUGCAAUUGUCAGUAAAAUUUCCCAACUCUAGCAGAGAAAGGGUCAUAGAUCAAGAGGCUGAAGAUAGCCGGAACUAGGACAUUACCCUGAGGAACUGCUGCAGAGAUGUCUGGGAGUUGAGAUGACUAAUCUCCAACAACAACCAUCUUCCUACGUGGCAGGUAUGCCUCCAAUCAGUAGAGAGUUUUGCCCCAAUUCCCAGUGACUUCAGUUUUGCUACCGUUCUUUGAUGCUGAUCAAAAGCUGCCUUGAUGUCAAAGACAGUCGCCCUCAGUUUACCUCUGGAGUUCAGCAUUUUAAUCCAUUUUUGGACCAAGGCUGUAACGAAGGCAGGCUCUGCGUGUCCUUGCUGAAACCCAACUGAGAAUCAGUGAGCAGGUUAUUACUGAGCAAUUGUCACUCAAAAGUGCUGAUGAUAGCACUUUUCAUCUUCUUGCUUAUGAUCAAGUGUAGACAGCUAGGGUAUUAAUUGAUUCAAUUAGAUAUGUCCAGAGAAUACUGCAGCCAGUGGUCUGAAUCAGUAUACAAUGAAGAGUACUAAUCCAGCACACCGUCUGAGUCAGCAUACCAUGCAGUAUACUAAGAAUGCAACAGUAUACCAUGUGACAUACUAACUCAGCAUGGUCUGCAACAGUAUACCAUGUAACAUACUAACUCAGCAUGGUCUGAAUCAAUGUAACAUGCUCCACUUUGUGCUCUCGUGAGUCACCUGUACUUGUGACAGAAGUGCCAUGGAUGAAGUAAAGUUAAUGUUAACUGCUAAUUCUUGUGGUCCAUCUCACAGGUAGGAUUAGCACUUUCUAGGAACGCUAGCUGCUCUUGGAUGAACAGUAUGUAAUCCCUCCAUACAUUCAGUGUUGGCAGAAUUGGUGCUAGUACACAUCAUUCCUCCGUGCCCCCCGCCCCAAUAAUGCGUUAGACCAUUUGAAAAAACAGAUUAAGAACAUAUCCAAGAGCAAAUAAUACCAAGUCUGUCCAGGUAUGUUCUGGACUAAACGUUGUGUUGCCUGUCACAUAAUUUUCUCAAAACGAAUUUGCUGAAAAAUAAACCUUCCACCUUCAAA